AUGAGAAGCCUGUCCUUUGACACUGGCUGCAGCCUACUCUUACGAGUAGUGGGUUUUGUUCACCCCGUGAACAAAGCCAUGGCGGUCUUGGAACCGCGCCGGCAUAGGCCGAAGGUGGCACUGCAGCUGUCCUUCCUGGCCGCAGCUGUGGCUUGGUUCAGCUGGACAUCUGUGGAGGAAGCAGCCUUCGUGACCCCUGAGACUCCAUCCCUUGAUAGGCGGGGCCUGGAGGGGCGAGAGAUCUCCACAGUGGCCAUGCAGGGUGGCAACCGCAAGCAGAAUCGGCGAAACAAGCCCAAAAAGAUGCACCCAAAAACACAGGAGGAACGCUACAAAAAGUGGGCCAUUCACCAUCCUGAGUAUGCCACCCGCCUUUUCUUUGUGCCAGAAGCAACCCUCGAAGAUUGGUCGCACACUUUGAAACUGACCUUCCCGGACGGCGAGGACGAUGUCGUGUCAGAAGAAGAGGUGUUCGAGUAUUUCACAACAGAUGAGUACAAGCCAGAGGCAGUAAUUGUUGGCCAUCAGAUGCCCCACGAAGAAGUGAAGCAUGCCUAUGUCCACUUCAGCGACAACACAGCUGCCAAGAAAGCCAGGAAGGAGAAGGAUGGCGGUGCCAUCGGCAAGGCAUCGGAAGUGAAACUUGUCUACACCGACGAGAAGAAGUGGAUCCGACUGCGCGACGGUGUGAGCCUGGCGGGUGGGUUCUGGGGCCCACGGUCGCGAUGGAUGAAGGCAUACGGCACUGACAAGUACAAGGGUUGGAAAGUAGAUGCGGUCACUGACCUCCAUGGGGAGCUCUGGUUCAGUAUGUGCAUGGGGCAGAGCUCCUGGAACAGAUGGGAUGGAAGGCAGCGAGCGGCCGAGCGGAUGCACCUGGCCAUGAUUGGCCCCAGCUCGACGUGCAAGAAGCAAUUCCUGGAUUUCAUGCCGCGGAUAGCGCACAUCUUCAAGGGCACUGCAACCAAGCUGGCCCCUGGUCGAGAGGCGGUUCCAUACCAUUUUCUGGACAGUGACUUGAACAGGGUGGUGCUUUGGGACCUGCCAGAGAUCAUGUUCAAGCAGAAGGCUGAGGAUUACGUCCGCGAGCUAGGUCUUCUGUACAUUGAUUGCGUCUUCAUGCUGUUCUCCGAGAAGUAUGUCCUGACGGACAUUUACUGCAAGCUUUGUGUUGCGAUGGCUUUGCAUGGAAUUCCUUUCUUCGUCCUGUGCACACAAAGCGAAGAGGGCAUGGACGAAAAGGCGGUCCGAAGGCUUCAAUCCUCUUUUCAAUCUCAGAGCGUCCAGGUUCGAAUGUUCAACCCAGCCAAACCGCACGAAACGCUGGAGCCACUGAUCAAUGAUUUCUUCAAAGAGGUCACCUGGAACAGAAGCAAGGGUGCAAACAGUGAGAGAGUCAAGAAUGCAAGCGAAACCGUACUGGGCCAGACGGUGAGAAUCAAGAACUUGGAGAAGAAAGCAGAGCUCAACAGCAGGUGUGGAGUUUGCAUCGGUUAUGAGAAGGAUCAAGAUCGAUACAUUGUGCGCCUUAUCAUGGCUGGCGUGGAGACGGAUGUAGCGCUGAGGGAUCAAAACUUCAGCGUUUUGAAGCCCAAGCUUCGUGGUUCCCUCGUGCAGCUGAAAGGGCUACAGUCAAAGCCCGAGCUGAACGGUCGAUAUGGUUUUGUUGAUGAGUUCCUCCGCGAAAACGAACGUUACCGCAUUUUCGUGCCAGAUAAACCUGGCGUUGCGUUGAACAUGGCCCUGAAAUCAGAGAACCUGGAAAAGGUGUCAGGAACACCUGGUGCCAAGCCAGUGACGGCGGCACCAGUUUCAAGUGGUUCUUCGCCCCUGCCGGCGUCUGGCAAGCCUGCAUAUGCACCACCUGCACGCAAGCCUACCCAGGUUCCUGCGGCCAAUGGUGCGGCCAAUGGUGCCGCGAAUGGUGCCGGGCACGGUGUCACAAGCGGUGCUGCGAAUGGCGCCUCGAAUGGCGCAGCAAAUGGCAGAGCAAAGCACAACGGAGCUCCUACCACUCAACCAAGGAAGGAAACGAUGCCAGCUGCGAACAGGGAGCCAGCACCGAAAGAGGACGAGGACCUCUCCGCAUUCUUGCCUAAGGUCGGAGCCGCAGACGAGGAAGGUGCCGAUGACUUGAUGUCACGUAUUUUCGCAGCCGAAAGCACGUCAGAUGUGACUCAGGCGUCCACCUCAAUGGCCGAAGCAGAAGUGCCUGCAACAGUGCCGGUCAAGAGGCUGCAUCUCUCAAAGGCAGGUCUGUUGGGGAUGCGGGUUUGGGCAGUCAUCGGUGAUUGUCCUGAUGCAGAAGACAUCAUCGAUCACUUGAUGGACUGCGGAAAGACCGUAUUCAAUGUUGGAGGUGGAGAAGGUGCACACUUUUCUUCAACCGCCGAACUCAACAUGGACCCCAACUUGCCGAAGACCGAGGUGCUGGCAUUCAUUGACCCCAAGGAUUCGAGUGCCGUUCUUGCCGCUUUGAACGAUGUCGUUAGGCUGGGUGUGCGUGGCCUGGCACUACACCCCGACGAAUCAUCGUUUGGGUCGGAAGUCUUGGCGGAAUGCAGAAGUGCAGGCAUCGCGACUUAUGGCGUCGAUGUGCUUGAAGAUGUGCAACCUGGAGCAGGUCUCCCAGUGGCACCUUUAGAUUGA